AUGGCAGCGCGGAGGCGAGAUACCUCCGCCUGGAAGUACUGUUGGGGAGUCGUGAUGGUUUUAUGCAGAACUGCACUGGCGAGGUCCAUCGUUUUAGACCCCAUAUAUUGGAAUUCUUCCAAUCCCAAAUUCCUUCCAGGACAAGGAUUGGUACUAUAUCCACAGAUAGGAGACAAACUGGAUAUUAUAUGCCCAAAGGUGGACUCUAAAACUGUUGGUCAGUAUGAAUAUUAUAAAGUCUAUAUGGUUGAUAAGGACCAAGCAGAUAGCUGCGCUAUUAAAAAGGACAAUACACCUCUACUCAACUGUGCCAAGCCAGAUCAAGAUGUUAAGUUUACUAUCAAGUUUCAAGAGUUUAGUCCUAAUCUCUGGGGACUGGAAUUUCAGAAGAACAAAGAUUAUUACGUCAUAUCAACAUCAAAUGGGUCUUUGGAGGGCCUGGAUAACCAGGAGGGAGGGGUGUGCCAGACAAAAACCAUGAAGAUCCUCAUGAAAGUUGGACAAGAUCCCAACUCGGCAGGGCUACCCCGGCACACGGAUCCCACCAAGCGCCCUGAGCAAGAAGCAGGUACCAAUGGGAAGAGUUCCACCACCAGCCCCUUUGUGAAGGACCACUCAGGAUCUAGCACAGAUGGCAGUAAGGCUGGGCAUUCCAGUAUACUGGGUUCAGAGGUGGCCUUAUUUGCAGGGAUUGCAUCAGGGUGCAUCAUUUUCAUCGUCAUCAUCAUCACUUUGGUGGUUCUUUUGUUGAAGUACCGGAGAAGACACAGGAAGCAUUCCCCGCAACACACAACAACUCUCUCACUUAGUACAUUAGCCACCCCAAAACGCAGUGGCAACAACAAUGGUUCUGAGCCCAGUGACAUUAUCAUUCCUCUAAGGACUGCAGACAGUGUCUUUUGCCCUCACUAUGAAAAGGUCAGCGGCGACUAUGGACAUCCAGUGUACAUAGUUCAAGAGAUGCCUCCUCAGAGUCCAGCAAACAUUUAUUACAAGGUCUGAGAAACACAGAACCAACUCUGUGGUACAUUUGAUUCAUAGAGGAAACUCACUGGUCAAAUGCUUUCUGUUGGGGUUUGUGAUGAUGCCUUGUG